AUGGUCUUCCUAGAAAUUGCCCGCGCCGUCUUCGACUAUGCCGCGCAAAGUGAGGAGGAGCUGGAAAUCCACGACGGCGAUCUGCUGUUCGUACUGGAAAAAGGAUCCGAUGGCUGGGACAAGGUGAAGAGGAAGGCGGCAUCGGACGAUGAUGAGGAGCCCGAAGGCCUGGUGCCCAGCAACUACAUCGAGUCCGCGACGCCCACGCAUCAAGCCAAGGCACUCUACGAUUAUACCAAGCAGACCGAUGAGGAGCUGAGUUUCAAGGAGGACGCGCGUCUGGAUGUCUUCGACGAGACAGACCCGGACUGGACGCUGGUGGGCUUUGGCGGCGAAUAUGGCUUCGCCCCGGCUAUAUACAUUGAGCCCGCGGCGACAGCGGCGACGUUGCCUCCUGCUCGCGAUUUGGCACCUGCUCCGCCGCCAAUGCCCGCCCGUCCGCCGGCUGCUGCUGACGCGCCUAUUCCGGGUGAAGAGGACUACGAGCCUCCGUCUCCACCAUCCGCUCCCACAGCCAAUCCCGCGGCUCAGUUGGCUGGCAUCAUUGCGCAAAGAACUGGCGGACAGACGGAGCGAUCCUUGGCUUCGCCACCACCUCCACACCGACCGCAUUACGACGAGCGGGAGGAUGAGCCUGCACCUUCUUUGCCACGACGUCCUCUGUCUCAGCAGACGCCGCCAGCAUCACCACCUGCACCGCGAGUACAAUUCUCCCCGGCGCCCCCGGAAGAGCGAUACGGCGUGCUUCCAUCCCCGUCUUACAACAACCGCCCCGCACCCGCAACGUGGGACGACGACCGCGAUAACGAGGAGCCGCGAUCGCCGGGCGGCUUCCAUCUGUACAACGUCCACGAAAUGGUCUCGCACAUGGGGAAGAACAAGAAGAUGCCGACUACAUUGGGGAUAAACAUUGGAAGGGGUAUCAUCAUGAUUAGCCCUGAGAAGAGUAAAGACGGUCCGAGCAAAGAGUGGACCGCGGAAAAACUCACACACUAUAGCAUUGAAGGCAAACACGUGUUUGUGGAACUCGUACGUCCGAGCAAGAGCAUAGACUUUCAUGCGGGUGCCAAAGACACUGCUCAGGAGAUCGUGGGAGCUCUGGGCGAACUUGCAGGUGCUGUGAGGCAAGAGGGACUGAAAGAAGUGCUAGCCGCAAGUGCGGGUACUGGAGCCGCAGGGCAGAAAAAAGGGCAGAUGCGAUUUGAAUUCAUGGCUCAGGGCGAAGAUGAGGUCACAGUUGCAGUGGGCGACGAGGUCAUUAUCCUGGAUGACACCAAAAGCGACGAGUGGUGGAUGGUACGACGGUUGAAGAGUGGCAAGCAGGGCGUCGUACCUUCAUCGUACGUCGAAGUGACUGGUCUUGUGCGAGCAGAGACAAUCAAUGGGUUGGAGGAGGCGAGAAAUAUUGUGGAGCAGAACCGCAGAGAAGAGGAGCGUCUGACGAAAGAGGCUGCAAGGAGGAAGCGUGAUGGGGAGGUUGGGCCUGGAGUGACUUUGCCUGACCGAACCAGCAGCCUCGCCGGCGAUACUAGGCGCACGUCGAUGCGCGGCUCCGACAAGCGAGGCUCGAAGGACUCCAAAGCGAAACCAAAUCAAUCUAGAAUCCGGACUUGGACUGAUCGCAGCGGAACGUUUAGGGUCGACGCAGAAUUCAUCGGGCUUCGAGAGGGCAAGAUCCAUCUUCACAAAAACAAUGGCGUCAAGAUCGCCGUUCCGGUGUCGAAGAUGGCGGUUGAAGACCUAGAAUAUGUGGAGCGCGCCACCGGUGCAAGCCUGGACGAAGACAAGCCUUUGUCCGACAUUAAACGACGGACCACACUGCGACAGAAAGAUACAGGCGGUGUGGGUGCGAGCGUGCAAAAGAAGGACGACUACGACUGGUUCGACUUUUUCCUCCAAUGUGGCGUGAACCCUCAAAUAUGCGAGCGCUACGCGGGUGCUUUCUCACGGGAUCAAAUGGGUCCUGAGGUCUUGCCUGAUGUCAACGAGCAGUUGUUGCGAACUCUGGGUUUGAAGGAGGGAGAUAUUCUGCGGGUGAUGAAGUUCCUUGAUGCGAAGUACGAUCGCAAGAAUGGAUCGAUGUCACCGUCAGGACCAGAUGAUGGCGGAGAAGGAUCCGCUGGAGGGCUAUUCUCUGGUCCUGGUGGAGCACUGAGGAACAAUACCCGUAAAGGUAGACCGGCCCCCGCUGUGCAAACGAACGACGUGGUCGACGAGAGUGCCUUCAAGCCAAAGUCUGAAAGUCCGGCAGGGAGAGCUUCUGCAGAUGCCAAAGCUACUCCUCUCGCCAAUGCACCAGCACGACAGCCUACGAAUGGAUUYGAUGACGAUGCCUGGGAUGUCAAGCCAUCAAGGUCGCAGACGCCUACUGUAGCAGCUCCAGCUGCUGCACCGGUUGCAUCCACACCGCCGAAACCCRAGGUCAACGAUGACAUUGCACAGCUGUCACUCUCUGCGCCGCCCUUGCAACCAACGCCCGCACCACAGCCUGCACCUACUGCCGCGCCCGCGUCUACCCAGCAACCUGUCCAGCAGCAGCCUCCCGUUGCCAAUCAAGCCAUAUUCGACAAGAUCGCGUCUCUAGCGCCAGCAGCCCGGCAACAGCAACCCCAACCAACGGGGUUCCAGCAAGUUCAGCCCACAGGAUAUCAACGACCACUCGCCCCAGGUCAUCAAGGUCUUGGAGUUCUCCAGCCACCUCCUCGUGCAGCAUCUGCUCCGGGCUUCCCUCCGCAGCAGACCGGAUUUGGGGCAUCGCCUUUGCAGCAACAGUUGACAGGCUAUCAGCCUCAAAUCCCCCAAGGGCAAGGUCAGCAACAAUUUCAGCAACUUCAACCUCAGCAGACCGCCUUCCAACCACCUCAAGGCUUCAAUCCUGUGCAGGCGAUGCAGCAGAACUUCCCUGCCUUGCAGCCACAACCCACUGGUUUCAUGCCGCAGUCAAAUUACGGACAGCAGCAAGCUACCCAGCAGUACGGCGUGCCUCAACCCAACCAACAACAGCAAAUGUUCAAUGGCCAACAGGCUGGAUCGCCGUUUGCGGACCCAACAUCUCGUCAGCCUUAUCAACCCAUGCCAUCGGGUCUAUCGAACACUUUCAUGCCCCAACAGACAGGCUUCCAACCUUCUCAACCUCAACAAACGGGCUUCCAACCAUCAUUCAACAUUUCCCAAGCCACUGGUAUGAACGGCUUUGGCGCACAGCCUGCGCCACCAGUACCUCAGCUUCCCCCGCAACAGACCGGCGGCGUGUUCGGACCCUCGCAGCCAUUAGGACUACAGGCACCUGUUGCGCCUCUUAUUGCGCAAAGGACCGGACCAGCCCCGCCAGUGCGAUUCGGCGUACAGGCUGGAGCGAAGCCUUUAAUGCCGCAACCUACUGGUAGGGCUAAUCUAUCAAAAGCUACUGCUCAGAAUCCCUUUGGAUUUUGA